AUGUUUGACCGGUCAUACUCUUUUGAUUGGGCUGGUUUCAAUACUAGUCUGUUUUCACUAGCAAUUAUUCCCCCAACAGCUGAGACUGCUGAUCUCAAAUUAAAUCGUAGUAUUUUCUCCUCUGAUCAGGGCUGGAAUGUUCAUUUCCUUAUUAAUCACUUUGAUGGUAGUGUUGUGAACCAGAUUAUGGCUAUUCCUCAUUUGAUGGGGAAGCAGGAGAGGAUUUUGUUUGCUGGAAAAAUAGACUACCAGAAUAUUAUUCUAGAAUCAGAUUCUGUUCAAGCUAUUGGCCUUCUUACCACGAUUGGUAAUCAUACUCGAAAGCUACCUUUGGUAACUAAGAUUCGAGCUGCUCUCAAUAAGGAUUGGUCUGUCUGUUUGAAGCAUAUUUCAAGGACUUGCAACUAUUGUGCUGAUUGGAUAGCGAAGAAAGCAAUGGAUGAUCCUUUCGCGUUCACCACUAUCUCAUCCCCACAUAGUGAGCUUAUCAAUCUUCUUGCUGCUGAUAUGUUGGAUCCGGGAAGUAUCAUGCCAGCUGCUAGAUGUUGCUAA